UCGCCGGUCGGUCCAUCGUCCGCGCAUUCAUCGUCCGGUUUCGGACGAUUUAACUUCACAUAGCAUCAGCCACGACCAGAAGCCGGUUUUCAGUCGCGAAUUGUCUCUUUGUUCCGUUAAACACAUCUAAAAACAAACAUCGAACACGAAACUUGUUUUAUUGAUACUCGCAAUCGGUUUUAAUUUGUUUCUUGCCCGCAGUGCACGAACGCCAUGUUGCCUUAAAGUGAAUUUAGUGCGUUUUGAAUUUUUAUAUCAUGUGCUAGUGUGUGUGUGUGUGUGUGUGAUUUUUGUGUUUGGCUUCGUUAAGUGUUGUUUUUAAUUACCGAAAAACUUGCUCGGUGACCUUAGACGAGAGCUAUCAGCGGGUCAAUCCGACAAUCCGCGCGCGCGUCCCCGGUCACACUACGAUUGACUUCAUUUAUUCUUCUUUGUUGGCGCUGUGCGGACGUAAAAUGUCUAGAAAUGCGAUUGGUUGUAUACUGACGGUUUGUUUGUUUUGCGGUUUGGCAAAUUCGGCGAGCACUGCUAUUCAACCGCAAAUCGACGAGGACGAAUACAUUCCAUCAUCACACUCCGGUCUGCGCGAUGAUUUCGACUGGCAGUUACUUCAGGAAUUAUCCAAAACUUCCAAAGGAAAUACAAUUAUUUCUCCAAUUAGUUUAAAACUAAUCCUGGCUUUACUCUAUGAGGGUGCAGGUGGAAUUACAGAGAAUGAACUCCACGAUGUUUUACAAUUCAAAAAUCAAUCGGAAGUACGACAGGAAUAUUCGAAUAUUUUACUGUCGCUCACCAACGGUAAACGGCCAUCUUGUGUGAAUCAAAACACGAACCAAUAUCAAGCUCGUGCUGCAAUUAAAACAGCGCGUGCGCAAAUUCCAACACCUCAACAACAAUACACUCUUAAUCUUGGCACACAGAUUUAUCUUGAUCAAAAUGUCCAUGCUAUACAAGCAUUCGAAGUGAAAGCCUGCGAAAAGUACCAGACUCGUAUCGUCAGCGCGAAUUUUUCAAACCCUGAUAAAACAAGCAUGACAAUCAACAACUAUGUCAAUCGUAUUACACAAGGAAAGAUUUCCAAGUUGACUGACCCGGGAGAUGUCACCAAUGCUGUUAUGUUAUUGGUCAAUGCUUUAUAUUUCCGUGGUUAUUGGAGUCAUCAAUUCCCUAAGGAAAAAUCGCACAUUGGAGGCUUUUAUUUGGCUCCGGGACAAGCUGUGCAAGUUCCCUUCAUGGCUACAACCGAAUGGUACUAUUAUGUUGAAUCGGAAACACUUGAUUCAAAAAUUAUACGUAUUCCAUUCAAGGGAAAGAAGUUUUCUAUGAUUAUUAUCCUGCCGAACGCUAAAGCUGGUCUCAAUUAUCUUCUAGAACGCAUAAAUGUUAUAAAACUACAACAGGAAGUCAACUAUAUGGAUAAACGCAAUGUUGAUUUAGUUUUGCCAAAGUUUAAGUUCGAUUUCAAAGCUAGAAUGUCUGAUACAUUGAAAAAGAUGGGACUUCGUGCCAUGUUUGAUUCAUCGGCGAGUCUCCCCGGAAUCGUCCGAGGCGGUGAAUUCAAGUUACAAGUGUCAGAUGUCAUUCAAAAGGCUGGAAUUGAGGUUAAUGAAGAGGGCAGCACUGCAUUCGCUGCUUCAGAUAUUCAAUUAACAAAUAAAUUUGGCGAUGCGCAAGUCAUGUUCAACGCCACACAUCCAUUCCUCUUCUAUAUUGAAGACAACAACGCACGCACAAUUCUCUUCCUUGGUAAAGUAAUCAAUCCGCAAGAUGGCGUCGCGCCUAUUGCGCCUGCGCAGCUCCCACCGCGUUAUGGCGAUGGUGAAAUUCCCCAACCAGUAGCAACGCAGGCGACCAAACCAGCUGCGGCGGUGUUUCCUGACCAGCAACAAUACUCACCACUUCCUCAACAACAAUAUGGUGGAGCAGUUGAUCAACAAUUUCAACUUCCACAAGCUCCUGGUGAUGAAUCCGUCGCGAAACGCUUCAAUUACUUCGAUUUGGAGUUGUUAGCGGCGUUGUCACAACAAUCACCGAAUGAGAAUAUUUUCGUGUCUCCUGCGAGUAUUAAAGCCACUUUGGGGAUGAUUUUGGAAAGUGCCAAAGGUAAAUCAGCUUCGGAAAUCGCUAAUUUGUUGAGAAUCCCAUUGGAACAGCAAUAUGUCAGAGAUCAACUCAAACAAUUACUUUAUGAUAUUUCUGAACAAAAUGGUUACACCCAGUUAGUCUCCGCCAAUGGCAUUUUUAUCUCUGAUAAGUUAAAAGUCAAGAAUCAAUUCCAGCAAGUUAUGCAACAAUUCUACAAAGCGUUAAUCUCACCUCUAAACUACGAUAAUGUACCGCAAAGUGUGAAUACAAUCAACCAAUGGGUGGCAUCCACUACAAGAGGGUUGAUUCCUACCAUUGUAGGCCCAGAAAAUAUCAAUAGGGAUGCAUCAGUGUUGCUAACCAAUGCAAUGUACUUCAAAAGCAGUUGGAAAUACGCCUUUGACCCAGCAGCGACGACGGUCAAGUGUUUCACCUUGUCCAAUGGUCAAUGCAUGCACGUGAACAUGAUGCAGCGUACCGCGGACUUGCGUUACAAGAUGCUCAGCGAAAUUAACGCGCAUGCCAUCGAAAUUCCAUACACGGAUGAUUACGCCAUGUUGGUGUUGCUGCCACAGGUGAAACACAGCACUUCAGCCAUGUUGUUGGACUUGCAACACGUAACAUUCAAUACAAUCGUUGAUAAACUUGAGAAAACUGAGAUUACUUAUGAGAUUCCCAAGUUUGACAUUGAUUUCAACGUGCAAUUGAAGAAUAUUCUACAGAAGUUGGAAAUAAGGGAAAUCUUCGGUGAAAAUGCUGAUUUAUCGAAUAUGGUGCAAAAUGAACGCGUGCGCAUUGAUAAUAUCGUCCACAAGACAAAAAUUGAGGUUAAUGAACAGGGUACAAUUGCUGCAGCUGCCACAACAGCCGUGGUCAUCCCCUUGAUGGGUUCAUCAUCGCCACAUGUCAUUGCUAAUCAUCCAUUUGUGUUUUUCAUAUACAAAAUGAGCAAUCGUAAUAUUGUCUUCGAAGGCGUGGUGAAUCAUCCAAAGGAAGCCACGCCCACAGCGCCUGUGCCAAUUACACCAGUUCAGCGGGUUGCAACCGCUACGCGUUUCAAUGCACCGCGUCAACAACGAAAAUUGUUUGCUGCCCAACAGCAAGCUGCGUAUAAUCAGUUUUAUUAUUAAACACACCUGCAGAAUAAGUAAGCAACCUUCAAUACAUGAAAUAAAAUGUGCGCCAUUUUAAUUUAUAA